GAACUGCAAGAUGUUAAGGGAUAAAAAGACUUAGGAAGUAUUGAAAGCCAUGACUUAAAAACGAAGACAAAUUGUGAUGGGGCAGCAGCUUAUCCAAUGCAAUGGGCACUUCUAAGGACAAGUGUAUGUUCCAGGUACUCUAUGCAACAUGUCAGACCUCAUCUAGAAUACUGCAUACAAGUGGUGAGUGCAUGCUUCAAAAAGGAUGCACAUACCCUGGAAAGAGUACAGAGGGAGGAACCAUAUUAUUUAGUGGCAUCUGACACUUCCCUUAUGAUAAGAGGAUGGAGCAUUUAAAUCUCUUCCCGUUGUCGUACUGAAGGAGAGGCGACUUAAUGUUGGCAUACCGUAUAUUGAAGGGUGAUUUAGGGAUUGGCCUUUCAGAUCUCUCUCGGUGUAGGAUAUAUUGACGAGGUCACCACAAGAAGGUGUUCAAAUCGAGGUCGAGUAACAUAGGUGUGGAAUUUAGAUUCUCUCACAGAGUGGUCAACGACCGGAACUCCUCACCUGAUUCAGUAGUAACAGCUCCAUCGUUGAGAAAUCAGGUCUCUGCAGAGAUAUGUAUCGCAAGGAUUAACAAGGGCAACAAGAGCCUUUCAUGCCUAUAAUUUGUAUCAGUCUUCGUAUGGAAAAUCCUGUCUUAGGUGAGAAGUGUGAUAUCGGGUUCUGAAGCAGCUUUCUGAAUAUGUGUUAACUUUUAGUAAGUUGAAUAAGAACGUAUCACUUAGUUUCACCUUCUAACAGCAUUAAUGGUAUCUCAGUACAGUGUAAUAAUGCCGAAAUAGCCAUCCUUAUUUUUAUAUUAGUUUUAUACUGAAUAUCUUUUCCGAAGCAAUCUAGUUAUUCAUAUCUCUAGGAUGAUUAAGCCCGCCAGGAAUCGCCAUAGGAAAAUUCUUUCACAUACGUUAAAGUGAAAAUAAUCAUGCUAAGGUGUGGCAAUUAUUUCUGAAUAAACUAACGUGUGUCAGCACUGAAUUUUUUUAAUUCCUGACAGCGCUGACAACUUCGAAAAGUCCCAGUUUGUCAUUAUCCCUGUGAUAAUUUGCAGUUUGAUCUGAGCAUUAUUUCCUCCGGUGUUUGUUUAGAUGUAAAACCAGCCGUGAAGUUUCCUAACAAGCAGGAUUUAACUUAUCACCACAAAAAUGAAUAAAAUGAUUUUAAACCGAUACAGAAUUGUCUACCUGCAUUUAUCACGGUAUAAUUCUAUAAAGACCUCUAGAGUUGAUAAUCAUGAAAUACAUGCAAGAGACAGUGAUUUCAAGCAACCACCCGGCUAUCUUCCACCACACAUAUGGAUGAAGCAGCGUCAAGAGAAAGAAGCUUUGAAAAAAGCUUUAUUCGGUGAAAGCAAGAAAGAGCACACACCAGCAGAAAAGACAUACCUGUCAUGUGCUUCGCAUGCUUCUCUUUCCGGUGCUCCAGUCACAGAAGAUUUCUCCUACGAAAUUGUCAAUAAUAUCACUGAAAUCCCGAAAUUGGAUAUGAAAUUGUUGAGUAAUCUUAAUUCUAUGGGAUUAUUUGAUCUUACUCCUGUUCAGAAACAUGCUAUUGGUAUUAUGUCAGUUGAUGAAUAUGAAAAGGUUGAUGUAACAAAGAGUAAAUCAAAUCUUGAUGAAGAAGAUGCGCCAAAUGAUUAUCCUCUAUAUGAACGUAUCACUGGUAAAUAUGACUUAAUGGCUGCUGCACAAACUGGAUCGGGUAAAACACUGGCUUAUCUUCUUCCAUCGUUAAAUCGUUUACUUCGAGUUUAUCCAUACGAAGCGAUGCAGUCUCUGCUCAACUCUCGUUCCCCAUGUCAAUAUCCUUCAUCGCUGAUUUUGGCACCAACUCGUGAACUAGUCCAGCAGAUUCUAUCGGAAUUACUCAAGUUAUGCAAUCAGACUUUUGUUCGUCCAGUAGCUGUAUAUGGUGGUGAUCGACCAGAAAAACAGUUGUUUGAAUUACAAAAAGGAUGUCAUUUAAUUGUUGCCACUCCAGGUAGACUUUUGGAUUUUCUACAGCGGGAUGCAAUAUGUUUGAAAUUCUGCAGAUCUUUAAUACUUGAUGAAGCCGAUCGAAUGUUGGAUAUGGGCUUUGAAAAACAAAUACGUCAAAUAUUAGAGUCACCAAAGUAUAAAAUGCCACCACCAUUGGGAAAUUGUAGACAAACUGUACUUUUCAGUGCAACAUUUCCACGUGAAGUUAGUCUUCUAGCGAAAGAUUUUAUGCGUGGUCCAAAAUGCAUUUCACUUACUCUGACGAAUCCAGAGCAUAAUACUGGUACUGUAGUUCCUACUUGGGGUAAACGAAUUAAUCAUCAUGUAGAAGAUGAAUUCGAUCGUCUUACACGAAUAAUUCCCAAAGAAAUUGAUCAGCGUAUUGAAGUAGUUAACGGAAAUCCAGAUACAGUCAUACCAGAACGUCUUGUACAACUUAUUCAAGAAAUAAAAACAACUACUGAGGCAGCUUUGAAUUCAUCAGAUGACAGUACUUGCCGAAUUCUUGUAUUUUGUAAUACUAAAAGAGAAGUUGAUGCUAUUGAUAAAUAUCUAUAUUCUAAUGGUGUACAAUCAGCUGCAAUUCAUGGUGAUAAAUCUCAAGUUGCUCGUGGCAAAGCCUUAGAUUUAUUCCGUAAAGGAAGAGUUCAUGUCCUCGUCGCUUCAUCUGUUGCUGCUCGAGGUAUUGACAUUCCUAACGUUCGUACAGUCAUAAAUAUUGGCUUACCAAGAGAAAUAGAUGAUUAUGUUCAUCGAAUUGGGCGAACUGGUCGUAUGGGUAAAACUGGUGAAGCUGUUACACUUAUCAAUGAUUCUGUAUUGAGAAGUGAUGAAGGCACUAAAACAUUGUCACGUGGAAUUUGUCAACUAUUCCAAUCGAUUGGUAUUUCAGAAAAAGUUCCUCAAAUUUUAUUGGAAUAUGCUAAUAUGGAUAUUGGUGAAAAUGAAGGAUACUCUCGUUUUAAUAAUAAUAGUAAUAAGAAAAAAGGCUAUUCAAAUUCGAAAUCGCAUUCAUCAUUCUCGAAGGGUUACAAAACUAGACGCUCCAGUGAUGAUGUAAUCAGAAGGUAUUCAUAAACGCGGAUCAUUAUUGGCUGUGUUAUUUUAGUCAUUAUCAGUCAUUAUGUAAUAUAAAUAAAUUUCUAUUUCAUCAUCA